AUGUCAGGCAAAAACGAGACCUUUGUGAAGGACUUUUUCAUUGUUGGAUUUCCUGGACUUCAUCCUAACUACUAUGCUCUUGUGUCUGUAGUUAUGUUCUUAGUUUAUCUGUGCAUCUUGUUAGGGAAUGGAUUUUUUCUUCUUUUGUUUGCAAAAAACAAAAAUCUCCAUAAACCUAUGUAUUUUAUUUAUAUAAGUCUUGUGCUUUCUGAUGUAUUGUUUAGUACAUGCACAUUACCAAAGAUCAUUGCUAGAUACUGGUUCCAAGAUGGGACAAUUUCAUUUGCAGCUUGUUUUUUUCAGAUCUACUUAGUGCAUUAUUUUGGUGUGGUCAGUUCAUACACUCUAGCUGUAAUGGCCAUAGAUCGAUAUAUUGCAGUCUGCUUCCCUUUUCAUUAUCAUGCUCUUUUGUCAAGCAGGAAUAUAUUAAUUCUCAGCAUUUUGGUCUGGGUUUUCGCUCAUCCUUGCAGUAUAAUGAUGGUUGUUCGAGCUUUCCCCCUCCCUUACUGUGGUGCCAACACCAUUGUACACUGCUAUUGUGAUCAUGUAUCUAUUACUCGACUUGCAUGCGCUGACAGGACUCUAUAUAGCUAUCCAGCUUUUGUUUAUGCCAUGGUAGUAUUGCUGGGAUCUCUUGCCAUUAUUGUGUUCUCCUACUCUUGCAUUAUUUUAGCUGUCCUAAAAAUAUCAAGUGCACGUGGGCGGCUAAAGACUUUUUCUACAUGUAGUUCUCAACUCAUUAUAAUUGCGCUCUUUUUCUUACCAAGGUGUUUUAAUUACUUGGCUGCCUAUGCAGGUAUAAUAUUUAAUGCUGAUUUGCAAAUAACCAUUAUUAUGUUGUAUAGCCUUCUACCUCCAAUGAUCAAUCCUUUAAUAUAUAGUCUAAAAACAGAAGAAGUUAGGAAAAUCUUGAUAAGGAAAUUUUAA